AUGCCCUGGUUCUCCCAACAACAACACUUUGCAUGCCCAUUUCCAUAUAUUCCAUCCACACUGGGUGGGGUGCGUCGACGGAGUGGGGGAGAUUUAGAUUUGCUCAGUCACUCGACUCCAAUCAUUUGCGAACGGUCACAGCCCCAACCUCAACCUGGCAGGACCUCGUCUCCGUCGCCCGUAGCAGAAGACGAAGGAGAUGGCGAUAAAGGUAGAUUUUGUUGCUUUCCCAAGGAUCCGCUGGACGAUGUUGAGACUUGGAGCGAAUCCGUGGAUAAAGUCCUCGGUUGCAAAGCCGGACAGAUCGCGUUCCGGGAGUUCCUGAAGUCGGAGUACAGCGAGGAGAACAUCCUGUUUUGGCUCGCCUGCGAGGACUACAAGAAAAUCAAGACGGUCCCUGAGAUGAUCUCGUCCGCCAACAGGAUCUACUCUGAGUUUGUCCACUCAGAAGCACCCAGACAGAUCAACAUCGACUGCACCACCAGAGAAAACAUCACAAAGAACAUCUCCCAGCCAACUCUGACGUCUUUCGACACGGCGCAGAAGCUGGUCUACAGCCUGAUGGCCAGGGAUUGCUACCCGCGCUUCCUAAAAUCUGACAUCUAUCAGGGACUCGUGAGGAAAGCCGACUCCAGGUGACUGUUCCGACGGAAAAGGUCCCUUGAAAACCUCCUGCUGGGCUGCGAUGCUGCGUGGAUAACUGGUUUAUCCCGCACCGUCCUCAUCCUGGAGCACAGGGAAUUUAUCUUUACUUCUUCUCAGCCUGUGUGGUUCUGUAGUGAGUUGCAGCUCUAGAGAAUUUACUGUGUAUUUAUGUUAAGACGAAGCUAAUCCUGUACUGCAUCUAUUUCUUCUAGUCUAUGACUUCAUAGAAUCAGUUCUUUUAUUGUAAAGUAUUAUCAGAACUUUGAUUGAUUAUGCGGAAAGAAAUGCUGAUUUGUUCUGCAGGUUUUUCUCCCCAUUUUAAUAUGCAAAAACAUAGUUCUAUCUUACUUACAAACUAAAUCUGUCCGGCUUGGGUGUGGUCCUUCUGAGUCCAGUGCAAAAGAUUUGCAGGGUGCAAAAAGGUCACUCGAACACCAGGUGGCAGCAAAGGUCUUGAAGUUACAAAUGCCUUCUCGUUUCCCCCUACGGAAGUCCAAAAGUGUCACAAUUUUAGUGAGAUGAGUUGAAUAAAUAUUUUUGACAUGUGUAAAUUGGAAAACCUUUAAAAAACACACAUUAAUUGACUAAAUUCAUGAAUCAACAAUUAUUUAAUGUUCUAAUAUUUAAUUAAAUUCCUGAAUGAAUGCGUGAAUAAUUCUGUAAGAUUUUAAUGCAUUACUUGAUUGUUUAUUUUAUUACUUUGUUAUUUAAUUUGUGAGACACAAAACUCAGAGUCAGUGGGAGGGGCAAACAUUACUGUAGAUGCAUUUUUGUUUUUGUGGAAGUUAACUAAUUCAAUUCAAUAAUCAUAAUAAUUUUGAUUAUUUCAAGAAAUAUGGAACCAACGAAUCAGGGAAAUAACUGUAAAUACUUUUAAAUCACAAUAAAUUUUCUCUUAAAUUAACAAUACUGAUAUUUCCUCAUUUGGUAAUUUAUUAACUCAUUUACAUAUUUAUGAUUUCUUUUUAUCAUAUGUACUGAUUUCAAUUUCACUUAAGUUAUCACAUUAAAUCUUUUUAUUUAUUUUUUUUUUUUGUUUGUUUGUUUUUUACAAUUUUGAAUUUUUUUUUAGGGGUAGUUUAGCACUACUGGCCUCCCGUACAUUUCACUGACUCUAGAAGACCCUAGAAGCUCCAUUUAUUAGAGAAGUGCAUGAAUCACCUCAUGUCAAUCUUGUAGCUGCAGCCAGACACCAGACGGUGGGCGAGCCGGGGGGAGAAGUGCGCACUCAUUGCGAAAACGCAUCUGAGGACAGUCUGAGCUGAUCUGGGCUGAUCUGAUCUGACGGCUCACGCCAAAGAUCGAAAACCCCAAAAUUUAGUUUUUAAGCGAAUCAAAGGUAGAGAGAAGGGACGACUGUAGCCAGCAUAUGUUUUUGUUUCUGCUUACCACUUCUCAUUGGGACAUGAUGGAUUUUACAAGCUGAUGGAAUAGUUUAUGCAAACGGAUGUAAAUGCAAAAAGAGCGCAGCCUUCUCCCCGUCACGUUCAAGCACCAACACAACAAAGAGGCUGAAACUCUCUCUGAAAGUCUCCAUCUUAACCUGAGGUUGCACUGCAUAAAAGUUUCAAAGAAUAAAGUAAUGUGCAUCUUA